AUGGAAUCGCGUCUCGAGACGAGCAGAGGUUCUUCCUUCCAUAGACAUCCGACACGUCACGUAGCUCUGCUUUUCGUGUACCAAGGAUGGCAUUAUUCCGGUCUGGCCAUUCAACAGAUGCCUACACCCUUGCCUACGGUCGAGGGUGAAUUGCUCAAAGCGUUAGAGAAGACGCACCUCAUCGAGGCGGGAUCCGGCUGGGAGGGAUGCGAAUUCUCUCGAUGUGGACGUACCGACCGCGGCGUGAGCAGUGCUGGUCAAGUAGUUUCCUUGCGACUUAAGAGCAAGAGACAUCCUGAGGACGGAGGAGUUCCAUUGCACAUCGGUGCAGAUUGGCAGCCCGCUAGAGAGCCUCGGACAGAUCCGACAGAUUCAGUCCACGGAACGUCAGACUCAAAAGCCUCCGAUCUUGCGAAGAAGAAGAAGAUCGUCCAGCCUGAAUCUGGUGCUCGAACCGCGAGCGAAUAUUCUUACCCCCACAUCCUGAACAGGGUUUUGCCCCCCGAGAUUCGCGUUCUAGCUUGGUCACCGCUUCCUCAAGAUCAGCACGAGCAGAGUCAUUCCUCUGUCACUCCGUUCGAUGCCAGGUUUUCCUGCAUUACACGACAUUAUCGAUAUUUCUUCACCCGACGCCCAAUACCCGAUCAUCCCCCUCUGGAUAUCUCGCUGAUGCAGGCUGCGGCGACGAGACUGAUCGGCGAGCAUGACUUUCGGAAUUUCUGCAAGGUGGACGGGAGCAAGCAGAUCGAAAACCAUCGCAGGCGAGUGUUGAAAGCGGUGGUCAGGCCAGACGACAGCCGCGACCUCUCUGCUUUCGAAGGCUUGACGUCCGCCGAAGGAACCGAUCAGGACGCGUUCGUCUUUGAACUGGUGGGCUCUGCCUUUCUGUGGCAUCAAGUCCGACAUAUCAUGUCGGUUCUGUUCCACGUCGGGCAUGGAUACGAAUCGCCGGAUAUCGUCUCGCGACUCUUACAUACUGGCUACCAUUCUCCGGCUCGCGAGGAGCAUGACCAGGACAGCAGCAGCUCGUCGCCCAGGGCCGACGCAACCGACAAUGGUCCACCUGUGGCUUCAAAACCUCUGUACGUAAUGGGCGCCGCUUUACCGCUACAACUCUACCGCUGUGGGUAUGACCCAGGCGCGGUUGACUGGAGGUACGGCGGGUACGAUGGACCUGUUCAGGCGGCACCGCAAGACUCUCCGGCGAGGACUGAGGCUAUCGAAGGGCAUCUCACCGUGCUCAACGCACUCAAGUCUCAAGCGGAGGACGCCCGGAUAAAAGCACGUCAGAUCGAGGCAUUUUACCAGGAGGCCGUGGCUAUACACAGGCCGGAGGGCCUAUUGAAGGAGCAGCAUAAUAUCGCGGAGACGCCUGCCACGAGCUAUACUCUGGGCGCAGGCGAGAUGCAGGCUGGGCGAAAGUAUGUCCCAUUCCUAGAUAGGCCGAGGGGCGAUCUGGUGGAAGAGCAGAACCGUCGAUGGAGAGAGGGCAAGGGUGAAAAUCGCAGACUUCGAAAGCUCGCCGAGUCGUCUGAGAAGUAA